AUGGAUUACUCAGCUUUACUUGAUUCUCCUAAUUAUCAGAAAUGCCUACGCGGUAUUAGGAUGUUUAACUCAGAUUUAGAGACAAAUCCAUGCGAAACACUUAAUAACUUUCAUAAAUACAGCAAAUCAUUAAUUCAUAUCUUUUUCGACCUCGAUUAUUUAGAAAUCGCACAUCUUUCUAUUACAGAAGCAAUACUUAGAUACGCCAGACUCUUUAUUGACCAGCUUUCUAAGAAAGCAAAACUUGAAUUAGUUCUUUUUUGUCUGGAAUGUUGCAAGGAAUGCAACUCCGAUCGAUAUGCAUUCUUUUUAUCUCUUGACAUAUUCAGAGUAGAGUAUUACUCAGAUUUUAUUAAGUCGAUCAUCUCAGGAAAAGAUUCUCCAUUUUCACAGCUAAGUAUUAAAGAUUUAUUAGUAUUUGUUGAAUUUAAAAUAUGCGAGGACUUCUUAAUGACACAAAUGGAUCAUAUUUUUAACCAAUUGUCCAAAAGUCCCAAAGAAACAGCAGAUAUUAUUGUAAGAAUCCUUAAAAGAGAUCAAACUAACAAAGUUGCAGUGAAUCGACUGAAGAAUAUAUGCAAAAAGAACUCUACAUUGCUUCAAUACAUUCCAACAGAGACUCUGACACUAUUCUUGAUGGAUAAAGAGCUUAACAUCUUGCUACAAUCCCAUUCUAAGAAAUCAUAUCCUGCAUUAUGCGAGAAAUUCGCUUUUGAAAACCAAAUUAUCCGAUUUUGCAAGUCCCCGACAGAUGUUAUUAAGAAAGAAUCGAUACCAGAAUAUGUUCCAUAUAAGAAACAAUCAUUGAUUUUGCCUCCUGGAGCUCAGCCAUUUUCAAUUGUCCAUGAAGCUGAUAAUCUUUCAAAGAUGUGUCUUAAGAAGUCUCCAUUUGAGAAAUUCAAUCAAACAAUAGCACAUAAUACGAAAAGAAUCAAAAUUGACACUAAAAGUGAAAAUACUCCUAAUUCUACUUUGAUGAGAAACAGAGGUGCAUCAAUUGUUCUUGCUCCAAAACUGUUGCAUGAAUGGGGUGUUAAGAAAGGAGGAAUUGGCCACAGCAAGUGGCAGAAGCGAUAUUUCGAAUUCUUUUCUUCCGCGCGCUGUAUCAUCUGGCGCGAAUCUCCUGAGAGCCUUACAAUAAGUGGGCUAGUUAUCAUCCAAGAUAAUACAAUUAUUUCUCCAGCUCUUUCUCAUAAAGGAUACUAUAAAAUACGAAUUGAUCCAUCUCAGGGCGAAAAGAAAUAUGAAAUAGCCUUCGAAAAAGAGUCGAUUUGCAACCAAUGGGCGCAAGCUCUACAAUCUCUCUGCACAAAAUAA